AUGACUUAUGCUAAAAGAAUAUUACCAUUAGUGCUCGUUGCAGCUCUAGCGUGGGCUGAUGGCAUGGACAUGGAUAUGGGCGAGAAGGUGGAGUUCCAUCCGGUCAAUGCGGGUUCAAAGACGUUCCAUUGGAUCCUCACGUUAUUUUUACUGUUGAUCCUUCCAUCGGUGGCGUCAGUGUUGGCGUUUGCCGAGGUUUUCCACUUGGCUUCGGUGCUUCAUAUUGUUGCUUUUGCAUACUCUUUGUUUGAGUCGUUGUUUUUGGAGUUUCCAGACAACGUGGACAACCAUGAGAAUAGGACAUCUACAGGUACAGGCUGGUUUUUGACCUGGGAACUAGGAGUGACUGUGUUUUUGGGGACUUUGAUUAAUGGGUCUAAUAUUGUGAUGAACAAGUUCUGGCCCCAGAAGGCUAAGAACGCUUACUCGACUCCUUCCAGAGUGGCCAUUCGUGCCUACAAGACAUUGGCAUUUACUUCAACAUUGACAGGCUGGGUGCGUGUCUGUAUGGCACCGGUUGCCCUUUUUGGAUUCUGUUAUAAUAAGGCUACUGGACAAUGUAUUGCUCAUGGCAUUAUGGGCUCGUCGUUUAUCUUGUAUGGCUUCGUUUUGGCCUGGGUCCUUAUGGUUCCGUGGAUCAGAAAUCACCGCAGACUUAAUGGUGACCCUAACGUUAAAAGUCAAGAGUUUUACGAUUCCUCUAUCAUGUGCCUUUGGGGUAUUGUUAACACUUUCACAGAACAUAGAUGGGGCAGAGAAGAGUGGAAUCAUGGCGACUACCAGCACACAUCCAUGGGUAUCAUCUGGUGGUGCGGUGGGCUCCUAGGAAUGUGGCUCUCCAGAAAAGAUAAUAACAGAUCUGUGGUGCCAGCGUUGCUCUUGAUCUAUACCGGUUGGGCCAUGUCUGAGCAUUCGCAGCAUUUGGUGAUCUCCACAAAAGUCCAUGGACUUUUCGGGCUCGUUCUUAUGUCUGGUGGGCUUUCAAGAAUAAUCGAGAUUUGCUUCUUGCUAAAGGAUAAUGGUGCUACACAUUCCCCUUUCAGUUUGGUGCUUUCGGGUAUCUUGUUCAUGUCUGCUAAUGAAGAACAACUCAACUUGGUACACGAUUUGGGUGCCGACCACUCUUCCUAUAUUUUGGUUGUCAGUGGUGCUGGCUUCAUGAUCUAUUUGUGGAUGCAAAUGCUUCUUACAUUGUACUUGAGAUUGGUCGGGUACGACGAGAAUGGAGAGCUUACCAAAUUGGACGGUUAUGCUAACCUUUCUGCAAAUGAUAUCGAGAACUUUGAGCUUGACGACUUGAGCGAUGAAGAUAACCGGGAGAUUACUCCGUAA